AUACCUGAAUCCACUCCGCUGAGGGCGCGCCCCAAAGAACGCUCCUUCCCACGCCCACCAGCAUGCCGACGCGCUAGCCCUCGCCUCGCUCCCUCACCCGCUCACCACUCCAAAAAUGUCUCUCCUCAACGGAGACCCCAGAGCCCACCGCCCGCGCCUGCCCUCGCCGCAGCCCUCGUUUGCGCGCGCAAUCACCAUCCCCGCCGCCCGCGGCAGCCCCGCGAGCAUAUCGUCCCACUUUGGCCGCAAUGGCAGUCUGUCGUCGACCCCCGAGGGCAUGGUGCCGCUCACCAGCUGCUCGCUGCCCGCCGUGCCCUCGUACAUGCUGCCCGAGUCCCUCAUCCAGCCGCCCUUGAGCACGCCGCCUACAUCCUCCCCCAGCGCCAUGGCCGAGGCUCUGAGCAGGGGCCCCGGAUUGAUACGAAGAGUCAGUCGGGGCGCACAGGGCCUGCCCAACAGGUUCCGGCGCGGUGGCUCGGCCGCCCAACGAGAGAAGAGCUCCGGACCCGUCAUCAUGCGCCGGCGGAGCGACAGCAGGACCGCAGUCGAGGGCGCCAUGGAGCUCUCCGACCUCGACAUCAACUAUCUCGACGACGAAGACGCAGAGGUGGUCGUGGACGAGGAUGGCGACCCCAUUGUCGAUGCUCUCGGCAUUGCCAACGCCCGACCUAUGGUCAGCUCCAUUCCCUCGACUUCUGUGUCGGCGCCGAAGCGGAACUCGCGAGUAGAGCAGGGCACCAUGCUGCUCAAGGUCACCAAGAAGGCCAAGAAAAACAUCGUCCUGCGCCUUGACUUGGACUCUGCAAAGGUCUCCUGGGACCCUUCCCGGCCAUGGAAGUACUUCUACAUCGAUGAUGUCAAGGACUUCCGCACUGGAGCUGACGCCAAGCACUACCGCGAAGAGCUGGGCUACGACGAGAGGUUUGAGCCGCUCUGGCUCACCAUUGUAUAUUCGGACACAAGCCGGUCCAAGGGCAGGAUAAAGACCAUGCACCUCGUUGCCCCUGACCCGUUUGUCUUCAACAUGUGGACCGAUACUCUAAAUGCUGUCUCUCGCGACCGGAUCGAUAUGAUGGCCAGCCUCAUGGGAUUUGCAGAGAAGAGCGCUCGACUCGUCUGGAACCGCCAGAUGAAGAAGCGAUUUAACGGAAAAGACCAUACACAAGAGGAGGAAACCAUGGAUCUCCAGGGCACCAUCGAGCUUUGUCGCAGUCUACACAUCAACUGUUCCGAGCAGAUGCUCCAGUCGUAUUUUGUCGAGGCUGACCAAGAUCACACCGACAGCCUCAACCAAGAAGAGUUCCUGCACUUUGUGCGACGGCUGAGGAAGAGAAAAGACCUAAAGCAGAUCUACAAGCAGUUCACGCCUGCCCCCAAUUCCGGAAUGGACCAACACACCUUCUUCGAGUUUCUCCAACGGGAACAGGGCGUCGACGUCAACGCCAAUGUUGAGCAUUGGGUCUCGAUUUUCGAGAAACUGGCAAGUGCUGCCAAGCCAAAAUCGACACCCCCUGAAGAUGGCGAGAUCCCACUUCCUCCGACCAUGAACUUUCCCGCCUUCCAAACCUUCCUCACCUCUGAUGUGCACAACCCCAUCUUCAUGCCGAACAACAAGACCGCCAAGCUUGAACGUCCCCUCAACGAAUACUUCAUCUCGAGUUCCCACAACACCUACCUCUUGGGCCCUCAAGUGAAAGGAACGUCCAGCACCGAAGCCUACAUCACUGCGCUCCAGAAAGGUUGCCGUUGUCUGGAGAUCGACUGCUGGGAUGGAAAUGACGGCAAGCCCAUUGUCACACAUGGGCGAACGCUCACAAAGAGUAUCACUUUCCUCGACGCCAUCAGGGUGAUCGAAAAGUACGCUUUCGUGGAGACGCAAUAUCCCCUCAUUCUGUCUCUUGAGGUCCACUGCUCGCCCGAUCAGCAGUCCAUCAUGGUCAAAACCAUGAUCGAGGAGUUCAGCGACAAGCUCGUUAGGCAACCGUUAUCGGAUAGUCACCAAUUGCCAUCGCCAGAGGAACUCAAGGGCAGGAUCCUUAUCAAGGUCAAAGGCCCUCCCGAGGAGCUUGAUACGAAGGUGCUUGCCCAGGAACUGACCACUCGCAAGCGCGAGCGUAGCUUCAGUUCGCCUUGGUCACGCCCUGUGCAGCUGGACAAUAGCCUUAUCCCCAAUUCUCCCCUCGUUUCAAGCCCCCAUUCCUUGAGUCCUCCAGACCGUGCGAAUGCUUUUUGGGCAUCCCCUCGUACCUCGGCCACCUCGACAACAUACAUUGCGACGCCGUCUCUGAUCAGCUCCGCCGAUGACAGCGACAGCCCUCACGCUACCGCCGCUGAGGAUCAAGAGAAGAGGAAGCCCAAGAAGACGAAGACGAGCAAUAUUACCGAGGUGUUAGGCCGCCUAGGCGUUUACACUCGGGGCAUCAAGUUUACCGACUUUGAUGCGGUGGAAGCCGAGACUCCCAACCACGUCAUUUCCUUCAACGAACGUGUCUUCGACAAGCUCACCAAACCCGGGGCCCGCGAUAAACAGCGUCUCGAGGAGCACAACAUGUCGUCUCUAAUGCGUGUGUACCCUAGUGGACAUCGCAUCAUGUCGAGCAACUUUGAUCCACUCCGUUUCUGGCGCCGCGGUGUUCAGAUGGCCGCUACCAACUGGCAAACAUAUGAUCUCGGACAGCAACUGAACGAGGCCAUGUUUGCGGGUGGCAAUGAUCGGAGCGGCUACGUUUUGAAACCCGCCGAGCUCCGGUAUCACGAUCAGACGCCUGUGGUUGGUCCACGGCGAGCACCAAAGAUGCAAGUGAAGUUCACUGUGCAGAUCAUUUCUGCUCAGCAACUUCCACGGCCGAAGACCGACGCUCCUAUCAGCCCAUUUGUUCAGUUUGAGAUGUACUGUGCCGAGGAUGCUGGUCCAAACGCGACCGGGAUCGGUGGCCAGGACGUCUCUUCCCACAAGGACGGAUACUCAGGCAUCGGUCAACCGCUCAAGAAGAGGACACGCACCGUUCCAGGGAAUGGGUACAACCCAGAAUUCAAAGACGAGAUUGAGAUGACGGUAACCACCCGCUAUCCGGACCUGGUUUUUGUCCGCUGGACGGUCUGGAAUACCAUUGAAGGAAAGCCGGAGAGUGCUCCGUUGGCGCAGUUCACGGCUAAAUUGAAUGCCGUUCAACAGGGCUACCGUCACAUCCCCCUGUUCGAUAGCAACGGAGAGCAGUACCUAUUCUCUCGACUGUUCUGCAAGAUCAAGAAGCAGGACGUCGUUCCAGCAUCGACUCUGUCUGCCAUGGCUGGGCACAACUCGCGUCGGGCAUCUGUAGAGCCCAUGAACCCGCCGUUGGAGCAGCCCAAUACCAGAUCCAACAGCAGCAACAUUUUCAAACGCUUGAUCCGAGCUCCCAGCGAGCGCAAGAAGCGCAAAGAAGAGCAAUUCAAUCGCGACUGGAAAGAACAGGACUGGGAUGCUAUCAGUCGCAGUAGCACUCUCGAGCGAUAACCAAAACCUGUGGAUGUUACUAUACCAUCCGAGCCUCUGACGCCCAAAUUACACCCUCAUUACCGUGGUCACGUCUCAGAUGCAAGGAUUCCCCUUCUUGUGUACUAUAUUAUACCUACGAUCUAUCCGCCACCUUCCCAGGAGAGUUGGUACUGUACGAUUUCAGGAUCAGUCGGUUGGGCUGCAUUG